AUGACAAAAGCACACCUAGUCGCUACUCCACAAAUGCUGUUGUGCUGUCAAGCGCAUCUGCCGAACGGGAGAAUAGCAGCCGGUCUACAGGUCAUGCUUGUUGAUCGGGUCUCUGUUUCGAUGCCAACCAUGCCGCCUUCUUUCCUCCCCACGUCCGAUCCUCCACUCUUCCCAUCCUCUUCUCCCACCCUCUCCACUCUCUCGCUCACACUCACACACUCACACACUCACACACUCACAUACUCACACGCAAACACAUACACACGCAUAAAGGUGUUCAAAUGCUGGAUCACGUUAGCGUCCAGUCUUCGAGACGACAUCAGCCUGGAUGACUUUCACGGCGUUUUCGUGAACGCCGUCCCCGGCGCCGAUUGCGACGUUGAUUUGGGAUGUCGGCUUUCGAGGCCUUGGUCGACCUCCGAAGAAGGAGAUCCGACGAUACCAAACACGGAGCUAGUCGCUGCGCUGAGCCGCACAGGCUAUUCAUGCGUCGUUCUUACCUUUCAAAGGGAGGGAAUGCUGUUCAUCCUAAAAGCGAUUGCGGAUCGGAGCGCUGCCGAGAGGUAUUGUAGUCAUCAGGACGACAUCAAAUUGUUUGAUCUACAGACAUGGCAAGGUCUGCUCGACUUGACAGACGCAGCGGGUCGGGUCGGCAAAAGGGUCUGGGACACAGCCAGUCCUCGUCGGUAUGACGUCGUGUCGGGUACCCUCGAGGCUCGGCGAGCACAGAAGCGCAGACCAUGUUCAAGUGAUGGUACCAAAAGCAUCUCGAACUGGGACGGAACAGGCGUCAAUUCGACAUGGUUGACGUGUUCGUGGAAAAGUGGUCGGCUGAACGAAGUGGAGUCGUGA